GGUUAUUAGGAAAUUACUAAAACGUAAAAUGUUGAAAUUUAUCCAUCUCCUUCUCCACUCCACAUGGUCCAAUCAAGAUCCGAACUGCAAAUCACCCUUUUGAGCUUUUAUUAGCUCGAUCACAAUUCUGAUUUUCAUGAAUUUCGGUUAGUGGGAGCACCUAAGUGCUGUACAGAGAGCUCGGGAAAAAGAUGAUAGCGGAGGUCUCGGGGUGGAGGCGAAGGAGGCGGCGGUGAGAGAGGUGGCGAAGCUUCUGCCGCUGCCGGAGCUUUUGCAGUCCAUCUCCUCAAUCAAAGCUGACUACAUUGCCCGUCAGCAGGCAAAUGAUGCACAACUCAGUACAAUGGUUGCUGAACAGGUUGAACAGGCACAAACUGGCCUCGACUCUCUUUCCUUGUCUCAGAAGACAAUAAAUGAACUAAGAGAAAAUUUUGUGGAGAUUGAAAAGUUAUGCCAAGAAUGCCAGACAUUGAUUGAGAAUCAUGAUCAAAUUAAACUCCUCAGUAAUGCUAGGAAUAACCUGAACACAACUCUGAAGGAUGNGGAUGUAGAGGGCAUGAUGUCGAUCUCUGUUGAGGCUGCUGAGGCACGUGAUUCCUUGAGUGAUGACAAGGAACUUGUAAACACCUAUGAGGUCCAGAUUAUUUCUGCUUCAUCUUUUGAUGAAGAGGUUAGUCGGGUGAGUAUGUCCGACUUGUCAUUUGAAGAGGAUAGUCGUGAAUACUUUGAAGACAUAGAUCGAACUUUGGAGACAUUUCAAAAGACACUUUGGAGUCAUAUCUCAAAUUUCUUUAAACUUGCUAAGGAAAGGUGGUACUUCAGCAACUUCCAUUUUCUUGAUUUUAUAAACUUCAGCUUGCAUAACAUUCCACAUCUGAAAUCUACAACUUCAAUGGCAUCUUCCAGAAAUCUUACGCAGCAAAAAUUGAAGGUUCAAGGUAAAGGCUACAAGGAUAAAUGUUAUGAGGAAAUAAGGAAGUCUGUUGAAGCACGGUUCAGCAGAUUGCUCAGUGAGAUCAAGAACAAUCUUCAGUUUUAUGAUCUUGCCAUGGAACUAAGUUCAAGCACACAUGAAGUUCUCCCACAGAAUUAUGCCGAGCAGGUCAUGUGCUGCUCACGUGACUUUUUUCGAUGA